AUGGCUAUUAAGGCGCAGGCCCUUGCGGACUUCAUUCAGGAAACUACUCGCCACCCGGUACAAGAGUUCUGGAUAGCUUUUGUGGAUGGGUCAGUCACAAAGGAGGGAUGUGGAAUCGGGGUGUAUAUAAUAUCCCCAGGCUCGGAAGUAUAUCAUUUCGCUAUAAAAUUUACUUGCAGAAUGUCCAACAACGAGGCUGAGUACGAGGCUAUGGUCAGAGUAGCCCACAUUUUAUCAGAGCUGCGAGCCGAGUGUAUCAUCAACAGAACUGAUUCCCAGUUGGUGGCUCAACAAUUCUCUGGGGGCUAUCACAUCAAAGAACAUAGGAUGAAAGCGUACCACUGCAAGAUCAAUGAAAUGAAGAAAAAGUUCAUGGAGUUUAAAAUCGAGCAGAUUUCCCGGGAAGAGAAUACAAAGGUAGACUUACUAGCGCGAAUGGCCAGCAUAGUGGAACAGACAUGGAACGAUGAGAUCACGCUGCUCUGUGACACCAGGGAAAUGGGGGCUUCACAGGUCUUUUCUGUAGAAAUUCGAGACGAUUGGCGGGCCCCAAUUAUACACUUCCUCAAGACAGGGGAACGGCUGAAUAAAGAAUCUAAUCUGAGGGCUAGAUACGAAAAUUAUUGCUUGAUCAAUGAUCAACCCUACAAGCGGUCUUUUACCCACCCCUUAUUAAAAUGCUUAUUUCCCGAGGAAGCUAACUUUGCUCUAAAAGAAAUUCAUGUAGGUUGUUGUGGUGGGCACACGGGAUUCAUGGAUCUUGUACAAAAAAUCAUUCGGGCAGGGCCAAACAUCAACAAAGAUGCCAGAGAAUUCGUCCGCAAGUGCGAGGCUUGUCAGAGACAUGCUGGAAGAAUCAAUGACCUAGGAGAAACCAUGGGAGUCAUGUACGCUGUGUGCCCAUUCGAUAAAUGGGGCAUAGACAUCGUUGGGAAGUUGCCCACAGCACCCGGGGGCAAGUGUUUUCUCAUUGUAGCAGUGGACUACUUUUCGAAGUGGGUGGAAGCUGAGGCUGUCGCAAAGAUCGAUGAGGUCACAGUGGAGCGGUUCAUCUGGCGAAACAUAUGUUGCCGAUAUGGAGUUCCCAGAAUCAUCGUCUCAGACAACGGAACUCAAUUCACAGGACAGACAAUUGAAGAUUUCUGUGACCGAAUGGACAUCACCCAACAUUUUGUGUCGGUGGCUCAUCCACAAGCAAAUGGGCAAGUGGAGUUAGCAAACAGAUCAAUCUGUGAGGGAAUCAAGAAGCGGCUGAACCAGAGCAAACGAAAGUGGGUCGAGGAAUUGGACACUGUCCUUUGGGCCUACCGAACUAGCCCGAAGACAGCAACCAGAGAGGCGCCUUUUAUCCUGGUAUAUGGAGCUAAUACGGUGAUACCAGCAGAAGCCAGAUUGGAGUCAUAUCGCAUUACAACUUACGACAUAGAGCAAAACUCGGAACUCCGUAGAGCAGAGCUCGACCUGGUGGAAGCAUAG